AUGACUGAGCGCAAAAUUGCGAUACCAAUAGAAGAAUCAUCUGAUACAAAGCUUGAUCCGACAGAAGAACGAAUUUUAAAGGAUCAAAUUAGUUUCACUGAAAGAAAAGAAUCAUAUACUACUUUAUAUCGAUUCGCUACCAAACUUGACUGGAUAAUAAUAAUUGCACGACAAAUCCGUGAACAGUAUUUUCGCGCAAUUCUUAGACAAAAUAUAGCUUAUUUUGACAAAUAUGGCUUAGGUGAAGUUACUACUCGCAUUACUUCUGAUGUACACUUGAUACAAGAUGGUAUCAGCGAAAAAGUCGCUCUCGCUUUUCAAGCAGGAAUAAUCGCUGAAGAAACUAUUUCAACCAUCAGAACUGCAGUGGCUUUUGGUACUCAAAAGGCACUAUCUAACCUUUACGAUACUUACUUAGCUGAUGCAAGAAAAGAAGCGUUUAAAAAAUCUUUGUUUAAUGGUUUUGCUAUUGGCAUAAUGUACUUUUGCAUCGCUGCAACUCAUGCUCUUAACCUUGCCGCUGGUGCUGGUUCAAAAAUAUUUGAAACUAUUGAUCGUGUUCCCUCGAUUGAUAUUGCUUCUGAUACCGGAGAUAAGCCUGAAAAUGUUGUGGGUUAUAUUCAACUUAAAAAUAUAAAUUUCGUUUAUCCGACUCGCCCUGAUGUUAAAACUUUGAAUGAUGUAUCAUUUGACGUUGAACCCGGCUCUACUGUUGCUCUAGUUGGUUCCUCAGGUUCUGGUAAAAGUACUAUUAUGUCUCUCAUACUUCGCUUCUAUGAUCCUAUUUCUGGUGGUGUAUUUCUCGACGGACGUGAUAUUAAAUCUCUUAAUUUAACUUGGCUUAGAAGACAAAUAAGUCUUGUAAAUCAAGAGCCUGUACUUUUUAAAGCUACUAUAGCUGAAAAUGUAUCUUAUGGAUUGGUCAGUUCUAUUUAUGAAAAUCUAUCUGACAAUGAAAAACGUGAAAUGAUUGAAAAUGCCUGUAAGAUGGCUAAUGCUCACGAUUUCAUUAUGAAUUUUCCUGAUAAAUAUGAAACUAUGGUUGGUGAACGUGGAGCUUUAUUAUCGGGCGGUCAAAAACAACGUAUCGCGAUUGCUCGUGCUAUUAUUAAAGAUCCAAAGAUUUUGUUACUCGAUGAAGCUACUAGUGCUCUUGAUACACAAAGUUUUUAUUCUAAACUUGUUGAAAUUCAACAGAUUCAAUCUUUAGAAUCUUUAGAAGCUGAAGAAAACCUUAAUAGAUUGAAUUCAUUUAUAACUCCGCUGAAAGAUGAUGUUACUGAAUCAUUCACUAUCAAGGAUGAAGAUCACAAGUAUUUAUUGUCUUCUCAUUUGAAUCAAAAAUCUGAUAUUGAAAUGGGAUUAGAACAUCAUUUUACUGCUUGGGAAUUGAUCAAAAAAGUAGCGUCCAUCAAUAAACCUGAAUUUUCUACGCUUUCCAUAGGUUGCAUUUACACGGUUUCUGCUGUUAUCCUUGCUAAUAUUGUUCAAACAUUCUCAGAAACUGGAAAUACUUUACGUCAUGAUGCAACUUUCUGGUCUCUUAUGUUUCUUGGACUUGCUGUGAUAAACUUUUUCGCGUAUUUUAUUCAAAAUGUUGCACUUGGAUUUUCAAGUGAAAAGCUUACCGAACGAAUCCGAUCUAUGUCUUUUUCUUCUAUUUUACGACAAGAUAUUUCCUUUUUUGAUGAUGAAAAUCAUGGUGUGGGUGUUUUGACUAGUCACUUAUCAUUAGAUAUAACUCAUAUUAAUGGUUUGGCUGGUUUUAGACUUGGAAAUAUAUUACAAGUACUGGCUUUGAUAUUUGUUUCCGUAAUAGUGGCUUUUAUAGCUGGUUGGAAGUUCACUUUGGUCUGUUUAUGUUGUGCACCUUUAAUGAUUGGUGCUGGAUUAUUGCAUAUAAAAAUGAUAAGUGGUUUUCAUCAAAAAUCUAAGAAAGCUUAUGAAUAUUCUGCCCAAGUAGUUUGUGAAGGUGUUGAUAAUAUUCGAACGGUUGCUGCUUUUACUCGUGAAGAUGAUUUAUGGAGAAUAUAUCAUAAUUUACUAGAUGAACCCAUGCGCCAAGGUAUUAAAAAUGCUUUAUUAGGCUCCAUUACCUUUGCUUUCUCAAACAGUAUGUACCUUUUAGUAGAUGCUUUAACAUUUUGGUAUGGUAGUAAAUUGUUUAUGGACGAUGAAUAUGAUCUUUUAAAAACGUUUACGGUUCAUAACACCAUUAUAAUGGGAUCAUCAUUUGCUGGUCGUCUCCUUGCUUAUGCUCCAGAUAUGGCCAAAGCAAAAUCUGCAUCUGCCACCAUAAUAUCAUUAUUAGAACGUGUUCCUAUAACUGAUACAUGGUGUCAAAGUGGUGAAAAGUUUAAAACUGUCCAAGGUCACCUUAAAUUUUCUGAUGUCCAUUUUCAUUAUCCGAUUCGAUCUAGUGUUCCAGUUCUUCGAGGUUUAAAUUUAGAUGUCAAACCCGGUCAAUACGCGGCAUUAGUUGGCCCAUCAGGAUGUGGUAAAAGUACUAUAAUAAGUCUUAUUGAAAGGUUUUAUGAAGUGACGAGUGGUGAAAUUACAAUUGAUGGAUUAAAUAUUGCUAAAAUGAAUGUGAACAAUCUUCGAGAGCACAUUGCUCUUGUAAGUCAAGAACCAUCUUUGUAUGAUAUGACUAUAAAGGACAAUCUUUUUCUCGGUUGUCGACCUGGACAAAAUAUUACUCAAAAUGAUAUAGAAAAGGCAUGUCAGGAAGCAAAUAUUCAUGAAUUUAUUGUUAGGUUACCUAAAGGUUAUGAUACAUAUGUUGGUAAACGAGGAAUACAACUUUCUGGCGGUCAAAAGCAACGAAUUGCUAUUGCCAGAGCACUUAUUCGAGACCCAAAAAUUUUAUUACUUGAUGAAGCAACAUCAGCUUUGGACUCGGAAUCAGAAAAGGUUGUACAAGAAGCUCUUGAUGUUGCUGCUCGUGGGAGAACAACCUUAGCAAUUGCACAUAGAUUAUCAACAAUUCAGCAUGCUGAUGUUAUAUUUGUUAUAAAAGAUGGUAAAGUUCAUGAACAAGGCACGCAUAAAGAACUAUUAAAACUACAGGGAAUUUAUUAUAUGAUGGUACAAGAACAACACUUGGGAGAAUUGAAUUGA